AUGACGUCGUCUUCUCUGGGAGGGUAUGGAUCGACAGAGUACUCAAGUCAAGCCGCGCAAGCUGCGCUUUAUGCCGAAAUGUUCUCUCUCAAGUGUAAUGCGGGAUUCUUCGUCGUGGGCCUCCAGGAGGGCGAGGCGGUGUGCACCCCCAUCAGGGUCAUCAGCACCCUGAUCACAAUGUCCGUGGCCUCGGCGUGGUUCAGCCGGCGCAAGUCGAUCAAGAAGCUCCUCCUGUUCUUCAGUCACUGGCUCAGUGGCCUGCUGCACCAGUUGGUUUUCAUGACCGAGGCGACUAUGGUAUCGGUCUGCUGGGCUGGAGACAGCCUCACGAAGCUCAUCAAGACUUUGAAGUUCUUCGAGCUAGCUGCGUCGAACAUGCUGGCCAUCACCAACCUCGCCAUCUGCGUCAACCUCGCCCUCAUCGUCAUGUCUCAUCGAACUUUGUCGCGCGUCAGAAGUGCCAGCACCCCGGCGCUGAUACUCGUCUUCCUAGCCCUGUCGUUGGGAGUCGCAGCAAUCUCGGUUCCCUUCUGGACGGAGAUGGUAGUUAGCGGGACAGCAUUCUGGGUGCAGACCCAUGAGCAGGCAGCCCACGAUUGGAUCGUCGUUGCGGGCUUCUUUGUCGAGUUCUUCGUCGGGAUCUGUAUGCUCGUUAUUGUCGUUUGGCUGGUGAUUUUCCGGAGGACGGAGAUCAAGCAAAGCUGGAAGAUGCACGCCCGCAUCCGCUACUACUUCGGCUUGACCCUCAUCGCCACGGGGGUGAAUCUAGCUCUCGGCAUUUGCGGCACGAUCUACGUCGUCGGCGACAUGAAAGAGUGA